AUGGCUCCCAAGGCAUUGGCUCCAGCGAAGGCUGGCGCUCCCAAGAGCACUGGGGCCUUGGCGCCUGGGAAGGCUAGUGGGGCGGCAAGCUCUGGCAUGGGUUUAUCUUUGGCAGACGUGAAGACGCUCAUGGCGGAGCAGUUUGAGCGUCAGCAGGAGUUGAUGUCGACGUCAAAGGGCAAAAAGAAAGCCCCCACCGUCAAGAGCGAUUCCUAUGCCGGUCGGCAACGGGAGGGCGACAAAAUCGUUGCCUCGAAAUGGGGCAAGAUGGAUAAGUUUGAAGUCAGUUCAUUGCAGGGAGAGUACUUCCCGUUGACGUAUUUGAACAAGCAGCCCAACGAUCAGCUCUGGUCGCUUUGCCUUCUGUUCUGGGGAAUUACAGAGGAUUCGGAUGUGGCUAUGAAAUCGGCCAAGAAAUACGAGAAAGAUCUCUUGGGCGAGUAUGUUCGCCGGGGUCGUCCCGGGGAUGGGCUCUCCGUCGCCCAGAUUUGCCUGCUUUGCAAGGCCGUUGAAGGCGGACAAGAGUGUUACGACCUGGUUCUCGAUGAAAACCAGUGGCACCUCAUGAAUGGUGAGGACGACUGCGGGCUGCCGCUGCCAGACUUGAAGGCGGGUGCGGAGUACAUGUUGGUGAUGGAGCCGGAGACUGGCCGAUGCAUGAUCCGCCAGAAAGGCCUCAAACGGCAGAGGACUGGUCCGCUUUACGCUGAUACAAUCCUCCGCCCAAUGCUGAGUGAGGCAGAGUUGAAUCGUAACUACUUGAAGUCGCGCCCCUUGUUUCAGAGC